UCCUUUAUCAGAGAGAGAGAGAGAGAGAGGGAGACAGAGAUCCUUUAUCAGAGAGAGAGAGAGAGAGAGAGAGAGAGAGAGAGGGAGAGAGAGGGAGACAGAGAUCCUUCAUCAGAGAGAGACCGGCAGAGAACGGGAGAGAUGGGUGGGGGAGACGAGGUGAGGAACAAGCAGGUGGUGCUCAGGCAACACGUCACUGGCUUCCCCAAGGAGGAAGACAUGGCCAUCACCACUUCCAAUACCAUCAAGCUGAAGCUUCCGGAAGGUUCCGCAGGGGUGCUUGUGAAGAACCUGUACCUGUCCUGCGACCCCUACAUGCGUAAUCUCAUGAAUGCAGGAACAGGGAUGCCAGGCUACCUCCCCAACUACACUCCUGGAUCGCCCUUGUUCGGCUAUGGUGUAUCAAAAGUGGUGGACUCAGGGAGCCCUGAUUUCAAGAUAGGGGAUUUGGUAUGGGGAAUCACUGGAUGGGAAGAAUACACCGUGAUAUCAAGCACUGACGGUCUCACAAAAAUUGAAGACACAAGUGUUCCACUCUCUUACUAUACUGGCCUCCUAGGCAUGGCUGGAUUCACGGCUUAUGUUGGAUUUCAUGAGAUCUGCUCCCCUAAGCAAGGAGAAUGUGUGUUUGUAUCAGCAGCAGCUGGGGCAGUUGGGCAGCUUGUUGGCCAGUUUGCUAAGCUGUUAGGUUGCUAUGUGGUAGGAAGUGCAGGGAGCAAGGAGAAGAUUGAUCUCUUGAAGAAUAAAUUCGGCUUUGACGAGGCAUUUAACUACAAAGAAGAAGAAGACUUGGAUGCAACUUUAAAAAGGUACUUCCCAGAAGGAAUUGACAUAUACUUUGAGAAUGUAGGUGGGAAAAUGCUUGACGCAGUUCUCGUAAACAUGAAACUCCAUGGUCGGAUCUCUGCAUGUGGGAUGAUAUCUCAAUACAAUCUCGAGAAACCUGAGGGCGUACACAACUUGGUGAACGUCGUGACAAAGCGCUUAAAGAUACACGGCUUCAUACAAUCUGACCACUUUCACUUGUAUAAUCAGUUCCGCGAUUUGACUCUUCGUUACAUUAAAGAAGGUAAGAUAACAUAUGUGGAAGACAUAGCUGAAGGCUUGGAACAUGCCCCUGCUGCCCUAGUUGGAAUCUUUAAAGGAAAAAAUGUGGGCAAACAGGCUGUUUUCAUCACCCGCGACUAAGUAUAACGGUAACUAGGUGAGGGUUUUACCAGUCAGACUGUUCAGAACUAGUAGGAGGUGUGUUGCAGCUCUAGCGGUAUGUUACCUACUGAGCAGCAAUGCGUUUGCUGUAGUAAAGUCUAAUGUGGUCAUUGUAGUGUCAAUCGGAACCGUGUAGCUGCAGAAUAUUGUCGUUAUCCAAUAAAGGCUUGAUGUUGUUGGUUUCAGAACUAGAA